AGAGUCUCAGCCUGGACAUCGGCACAAAGACCUGAAAACGACUUCAAUUUUUCAUAUCUCUGGCUAGUAAUGGUGAUAUUUGAUUCACUGCAUCCUUCAAAAAAGGCCGGCGGGAAAGACCUGAAAAGCAAAAAGAUUUCCCCACGUUAGGCCACACAAGAAAACGACUUCAAUUUCUCUUUCCUAACCUGCAAAAACCGUCACGCAAGCAAUUGUGCGUUUCUGAAGCGAGAAUUUGAUUUGUGAGAGUGGCAUUCAAGAACCACAUCGCAAUGGGAAGUGAAGAGAUCUCAACCUCGCUCUGCGAAGACAUUCCCAAUCUCCUCUCAUCAUUCGUCGACACCUUCGUCGAUUUCUCAGUCAGCGGCGGUCUCUUCCUGCCGCCGCCGCCGCCACCUCCGCCGCUCCCAACGCGCCUCCCCUCACCGCCGCGCCUGGUGGCAAUCGGCGACCUCCAUGGCGAUCUCGAGAAGUCGAAGGAGGCGCUGCGCCUCGCUGGCCUCAUCGACGUCGCGGACCGCUACACCGGCGGCUCCGCCACGGUGGUCCAGAUUGGUGAUGUGCUCGACCGCGGCGGCGACGAGCUCAAGAUCCUCUACUUCCUCGAGAAGCUGAAGCGCGAGGCGGCGCGGCGCGGUGGCCGGAUCAUCACCAUGAACGGCAACCACGAGAUCAUGAACGUCGAGGGCGAUUUCCGCUUCGCCACACUACCCGGGGUGGAGGAAUUUAGAGUUUGGUGGGAAUGGUUCGAAAUCGGGAACAAAAUGAAAACCCUCUGUCACGGUUUGGAAAACCCUAAAGACCCAAUGGAAGGUAUUCCCUCUUCCUUCCGCGGCGUGAGGGAAGAGUUCCACGACGGGUUUCGGGCCCGGGUCGCGGCGCUGCGGCCCAACGGCCCAAUUGCGAAAAGGUUCUUGUCACAAAACGUCACCGUUUUGGUCGUUGGGGAUUCAAUUUUCGUGCACGGGGGUUUGCUGCCACAGCACACUUCGUACGGCUUGGAGAAGAUCAACGAGGAGGUUCGGGAUUGGGUUAAUGGCUCAACAGGUCGGUUUUCACCGGAUUAUUGUCGGGGGGCGGACGGCCUCGUUUGGGUGAGGAAAUUCUCGCGUGGAGAUGAAAAGGAGUGUGAUUGUUCGGCACUUGAGCAUGUUUUGUCUACGGUGCCCGGUGUUAAGAGAAUGGUGAUGGGGCACACGAUUCAGACUGUGGGGAUUAACGGCGUUUGCGACGACAAGGCGAUUCGGAUCGACGUGGGUUUGUCGAAGGGGUGUGGGGACGGUUUGCCGGAGGUUUUGGAGAUUAGUGGCAGUUCUGGGUUAAGGAUAUUAACGGGGAAUCCGUUGUAUCAGAAUAAGGGCAAUGUGGAUGUUGGGAAGGAACAAGGGCUUGGGGAACACGGUGGACCUAGGCAAGUGGAAGUUAAGGCUUAAGGGAUGGAUAUUCGAUUGUGGAUACCGUCAAUGAUGUUUUUCUGAUAAUUCUUCUUUUCAUUCUUUCCUUCCCUAAUCCUUCAUAGUUGAUUGGUCCAGUCAUGUUCAAGACAAUUCUUGAUCAAAGAACCCAUAAACUGGUUUCCUUGAAUGUUAUGGUAGGGGAAAAAAGGCAGGAGAAAAACAGGUUCAAGACAAUUCUUAAUCAAAAACCAGUCCUGUAUUAAACAUGUUCGGGCUGGGUGCAAACUAGGUAUUGUUCAAAUAAACUGAUAUUGACCGUAUUAUUCAUGAGGCCCACAAAAUAUGAUUAAAUCCAAGUGAAA